AUGCAGGCCAUUUUUAAGUCUCCUUCAAAUAUAGUAAUUAGAUCUAAAGUCAUUCAGAGAGAUGGUUGUUGCUGUCAAGGGUGGAAAAAGCAUAAACUAUUUUUGUCGGGUACUUGGUUGCAAGAAAGAUUAAUUUUUCAUUCAGCAAGAUGUGUAAUUGGAGGAGGUCCUACAUUGAAAAAUAUUUUUACUUAUCAUUCACAUAAUUAUAUAUCUCCAUCAUAUAUAUUAAUACAUUCAGGGUUAAAAAAAGAAAGUUUAAUUUUAAUUAGAAAUUUCUCAGUAGGCAAAAUUUUACUUGAAAAGGAACCUUUAAAACCUUCUUCAAAAGUUGAAACUACAGUUAAAGCUAUUAAAGAGAAAGCUUCUGCUCCUGAACCAGUUAAAAUAAAAAAACCAUUAAAAGAAAGAAUUUGGGAUGAAAUUUUGCAUUAUUAUCACGGAUUUAGAUUAUUAUUUAUCGAUAUUAAUAUUUCUAGAAAAUUGUUAUGGAGAGUUCUUAAUGGAAAAACUUUAAGUCGAAGGGAACAUAGAUUACUUGUUAGAACUGUUGGUGAUCUAUUUCGUUUAUUACCAUUUUCUGUAUUUAUAAUUGUACCUUUUAUGGAGUUGUUACUUCCUGUAGCUAUUAAACUCUUUCCUAAUAUGCUACCAUCCACCUUUCAAACUGCUACCGAAAGAGAUGAUAAAUUAAAGCAGUCACUUAAAGUCAGGUUGGAAAUGGCAAAAUUUUUGCAAACCACUCUUGAUGAUAUGUCUGUACAAUCGAAAGACAAAAACAAUGAAGCAGCUAAAGAAUUCACUGAAUUUUUCAAAAAAAUUAGAACAUCUGGAGAAGCUCCUUCAAAUGAAGCUAUAAUUAAAUUUUCUACUUUAUUCGAAGAUGAAAUUAUUUUAGACUCAUUAUCAAGGCAACAAUUAACAGCUUUGUGUAGAGUUUUAGAUAUUAAUCCUAUGGGGACUACUAAUCUAUUAAGGUUUCAGAUUCGAAUGAGACUUAGGAACUUGGCAGCAGAUGAUAAGAUGAUUGUAAAAGAAGGUAUUGAGUCUUUGACUGUGCAAGAAUUACAAACUGCUUGUCAAGCAAGAGCUAUGAGAGCAUAUGGGGUAUCAGCAGACAAAUUAAAAACACAAUUAAAUCAAUGGUUAGAUUUAAGCGUAAAUGAAAAAGUUCCACCUUCUUUAUUACUACUUUCCAGGGCUCUUAUGCUACCUGACACAAUUGCAGCUACCGAUCAACUAAAAGCUACUAUUUCAGCUCUACCAGAUUCAGCUGAAUUAAAAGCAAAAGUAGCCAUCAGCGAAAGGGAAGGUGCAUUGGAUAAUAAAACAAAGAUAGAAUUGAUCAGGGCCGAAGAAAAAAUAAUUCAAGAAGAAAGAGCCGAAGAGUCGGAAAGUAAGAAAGCAAGUAAAGAAGUUUCAAAGGAACAAUUAAUCGACACAGCUCCCAUUUUAAAAACCGAUGUCGGCUUGAGAGAUUUCGAUAAAUCGGCAGAAAAAAAAAAGGAAGCCUCUGAAGAAAUUACCACGCAAGACAUUGAAACGCUUGAAAAUGCAUUAGAUGCAUUGGGAAAAGAAAAGAAAAAGUUGAUUGUGGAAAAAGAAGAAUUGAACGAACUUAAAGAAGAAAUGCACGAUUACGAAGAGGAUGUUAAAGAACUAACUGAAGUUUUGGCGACGAAAGAAAAGAAACCGGAAAUCAGAGAAACAAAAGCCGCCAAAAACUUGUAUAAAAAAGUCAACAGUAUGAUAUCGAAAUUGGACGUGGUUUUAGAUGAUUUAGAAAAUAAAGGUGAAAAACUUAAAGCCUCGGGCGUUCAAGAAGAAAAGGAAAAAUCGGAAGAACUCGUAAAAAUAGACGAACUUAUGGGUAUAAUAAAAAGGCUGCAAAAAGUUCCUGACGAAUCGAAAAUUCAUCAGAUUAGUAAAGUUUUAGAAAAAAUAGAUGACGACAGAGAUGGAGCCAUAAGCGUUGACGAAGUUCUUAAGGUUAUUGAGUUAAUAGGAAAAGAACACGUUCAGCUUACAACAAAGCAACUCGACGAAAUUUUAGAUCUUAUGGAUAAGGAAGAAGCGUUGGAAUUAGAGGAUCAAAUAGAAAAAGCAUUGGAAAAACAAUCGUUGGCGGAAAAAAUCACGCCGCCAUUUCCGAAAAAAGAAACGGGAUCGGAAAUUACGAGCGAAAAAAAACCAGAAUCAAUUGAAAAAUCAUCACCUAAACAUGCUUCUGCUUCGGCAUCAUCAGCAGCCAUGUCCGUGUCUCCAAACGGAUCUCCGACAAUAACCGAGCCAAAAGAUAUAAAUAACGAUACAAAAAAGAAUUUAUAA